ACUUCCCCGGGAUCCUCAGCACCGCCCGGAGCUGCUCCGACAUCCCGGGAUUCUUUCCUCCUCCCGGUGUCUGGCACCGGGUCGGGGCAGAGAGAACUGGAGGUGUCCCCAGAGCCUGCAUGGACCCCUGGGUGAGGGAUGGGGCUGAGGAACCUCUGGAGCAGUGGCCAACAACUGAGCAGCGGCCGGUGGGGCACUGGUCGGUGGCAGAGGUGGGGUCCUGGCUGGCAGCCCGUGGCUGGGCCGGGGACCUGGUGGAGGUGGCCCGGGACCACCACGUUUCGGGCCGGGUUCUGCUGCGGGUGACAGAGGGGACCCUGCAGCGCAUGGGGGUGACCCCGGGGGGCCGGCGCCGGGACCUCCUGCGGGACGUCCUGAGGCUGCGGCUGCAGCAGGAGCUGCGGGACCUGCUGAGCAUCGCUGCGGGUGAGCCAUCCCCGCACGGCCCGGGGACACGGGGGGCGGUGGGCGCCCGGGCUGGGCGGUGCUCAGCGUCACCUCUGUCCCCAGAGUGA